AUGGUGGGAAUGUACGAAUUGAGUGCCAAUUUGCAAGGGCAUUUGCAGGACGUUAAAGAUCUGGUUGCUAUAGAUGACAAGCGGAUUGCCAGUGUUUCAAGGGAUGGAACCUUGCGCGUGUGGUCCAAAAGAAUGGAUUCUAAUACGGCUCUGACGUGGCAGGACUCUAUACUGUUUACUGCUGAAACUUUUUUGAACAGUGUCUCGUUUGAUCCUGCGACACAGGUUGUGUAUUUCGGCGGUAAAGACUGUUUUGUGAACGGUGUUUCCUUGUUUGCCACUGCCGCUGCUGAUCCAGAAUACACUUUAAUUGCACAUAAAGGUAAUGUGUGCUCGAUGUCUGAAUAUAAGGGUACGUUGAUAAGUGGCAGUUGGGACAAGACAGCUAAAGUUUGGAUGGAGGGGACGUGCAAGUGGGAUCUUAAGGGUCAUGCUGCGUCAGUUUGGGACGCCAAGAGCAUCCCAGGAAACGAGACAUCAAACCGGUUCAUCACGGUUUCCGCGGACAUGACAAUCAAAAUAUGGGAAAACGACAAAUGUGUCAGCACUUUCGACAAUAUACACCAGGAUGUCAUCCGACACGUAGCCAUCUUGGAUGAUGCCGGUAAACUGUUUGCCACUUGUUCCAAUGAUGGUUUUAUCAAGAUAUUAGACGACAAGGGCAAAGUCAAGAAAACUUUGGAAGGCCACGAGAGUUUCGUGUAUUCUGUUCAAUUGAACCGAAAGACUGGAGAACUGGUCAGCUGCGGGGAAGACAGAUCUGUUAGAAUUUGGGACUGGGAGACCGGUAGGGUUAAACAGGUGAUCAGGUUACCAGCCAUUUCGAUUUGGUGUGUUGACUGCUUGCCUAACGGUGAUAUUGUUGCCGGCGGCAGUGAUAACUUGAUCAGGAUUUUCACUAGGGACCAAGAGCGUCUGGCUCCCACGGAAGAAAUCGAAGAACUUAAAAGGGAGGUAGAAGAAACUGCUUUAAAUUCUAAAUCAAUGGGGAUAGAUGAAUCUCACGUGCUACCAUACGAGACACUUAAUACCGCUGGGAACAAAGAGGGCCAAGUGGUUGCCGUUCGAACCCCGGGCGGAGUUAUUGAAGCCCAUCAGUUCUCCAAUGGUAGCUGGACUAAAAUCGGUGACGUUGUGGGCUCGUCAAGCAGUGGGAGUAAUGCGAAAACGGAGUACGAGGGCAAAAAAUAUGAUUUUGUAUUUGAUGUUGACAUCGAGGAUGGGAAACCUCCCUUGAAGUUGCCAGUCAAUGUUAGUGGGAACCCUUACGAUAUUGCAGACAAAUUCAUUAUGCGGUACGAGCUACCGUCGAGUUAUCGGGACCAAAUUGUAAAUUUUAUUGUCACAAAUACAGGUGGGAUGGCUUUGGAUAGCGAGCCAACAACGGCACAACCAAAACCUUCCCAGACUGUGCCAAGCAACGCUAAGGCAAUGUCAAUGUUCCCAAUAAGAGAGUAUUUGUCGCUCGCGAGUUUCAAGCCAGACGCCCUGCUACAAGGUAUAGUGAAAUUCAACAGCGACGAAAAAACGUUUUCUGAUGACGAGUUGGCACUGAUCGGUUCCUCAUUACAUGAUUUGGAUUCAGGUUGGAAAAUUCUUUACAAUUUUGCUACUGUCAUGAGGGAGAAAUGGGGAAAUAAGACUGCUGCUUACGAUUUGAUUCGGCUAAUUGUAAAGUAUCUCCCUGCAGCAAGCAACAUAAGUGCAUUCAUCGAUGAAGGUCUCAACAACCCUAACAUUGUACUAACAAUGCUAACAGUCCGUAUCUUGGUCAACUGUUUUGGAAACGAAAAAUGGGGGAAACAGCUGAUGGCUAGCAGGAAUGUGUACGAUUCAGUGUUUGAAACUAUCGGUACUAUAUUUCCAGAUGCCACACUUCGUCAGUCCCAGACUCUUGGUACUGCUGUAGCCACAUUACUCUCAAACUACAGUGUCCUGGCCUUGGACAAUUCCGAACUGGACAUUGUCCCCAUUCUUUCGGAAGCGCUGAAUAACAAAUAUGGGCCACUAGAGGAGUAUCAAGAGUCCGAGGAGACGGCAUACCGUCUGGUCGUUGCGUUUGGUAACCUCGCAAGCAUUGAACCCGCUCUCAGGCAGGUCGCUGGUUCUUUGAAAUGGUUGAGCCAAGUCAAACGUCGCUACGCUCAUAUCAACAGGUUUCAACCCAUCUUUCAAGACCUCGAGUAG